AUGGGCCCCAAAAGAAACCCUCCAGGCAAACAACCCACAUCAAACCCCAAAGGGAAAAAAUCAGACCCGAAAAGAAAAACUGCACCGUCGGCCCCUCGCAGGCUGCUCGCAGAGCAACAGCAAAACGCAACAGCAGCUUCAAAAAAAGAAAAUCCACAAGAUGUCGAAAUUAGCUUGUCCGAGGCAAUAGCAUCAAUCCCGUUGUCGCUGCAGCAGCUGUUACUGAAUGUAUUCAGAACCGCGCUUCUACCUGACACUAGGGAGUCGGAUGAUGACCAAAAAGAAGAUGAUCUGCACACACAGAUCCAGACGCUAAAGGCACAUCUGUAUAACAGAGAUUUUGUGUCGGCGUUUGCCGAUGCGAGCCCCGAGCUGCUGAGAGCGUAUGCCCUGAGGUGGUCGGCAUCGAGGUGUCUGGCAUAUGUGGGUAUUUUCAAGGGCGUUGUGCCUGCUAUUUUGGCUAGUUUGGGUCGCAACCCAGAUCAAGAUGAAAGUAACAGCGAGAACAAGAAUGAAAAUGGCAUGCAUGUGCUGUGUAUAGGAGGCGGUGCCGGGGCGGAGAUCGUGGCUCUGGCAGGCGUCUGGAGGGCUCUUCUCGAUGAAUAUAGUGAUGCUUCUUCAAAGAAUGCGAAGCAGACGGACGAGACGGAAGAGAGCAUGGACUCUGGCUUGGCAAAAUUAUCUUUGACAGCCAAGGAUGCACUUCUACCAAAACUAUCCAUCACAGCCGUCGACGUUGCUGCUUGGUCAAAUGUCGUCGACAGCCUUAGCAAAGGCAUACACUCUACUUCAGUUCCCGGACCAAAAGCAUGUACCUCACCACUUCUUGAAGAUUCUUCCCCAGUGGAUAUCUCAUUCCGGCACUUGGAUGUGCUCUCCCUUUCAGAACCAGACUUCUCAUCUUUACUAUCACCGCACGACGCACCCAAAACAAACCUAGUUUCGCUCAUGUUCACUCUCAACGAGCUAUUUUCUACUUCCAUGCCCAAGACGACGCAGCUCCUUUUGCGUAUCACAGACGAGACGGAUCCGGGCACGAUACUGCUCAUUGUCGACAGUCCCGGAAGCUAUUCUACAUUAUCCCUCGGCGGUAGCACCGAGCCUGCCAAACAGAGGCAAUAUCCAAUGAAAUUCCUGCUAGAGCAUACACUAUUAACGGUUGCGGAAGGGAAGUGGGAGAAAAUGCUCUCGCAGGAUUCGAGGUGGUUCCGAAGAGAGGCGAGCAAGCUGGCAUACAGCGUAAAUCUGGAGGGUGGUGACGGUCUAGUCAAGCUGGAGGAUAUGAGAUAUCAAAUACAUGUAUAUCGGAGGUUAUCGGCGGAAGUAAAGUGA